UCUCCUGCGACUUUCCCCUCAAAACCUCCGUCGUUUCCUGUUACCUUCCAAACGUACGGAAGACACCCUUUCUCGAAUUCACCGGAAGUUUCUGGAAUCUUUCACAUGCCAAGUUCAAAACUUUUGUUUUUCUUUAUAUAUUUAUUUUUUUCAAUUUUCAAACUUGUUGAGGAAGUAAGUCAAGGUCACGACUGUCCUUUCCCCCCAGUUCCUUAACCCCUAAACGCAACCUUCUCGUUUCUCUUUCUUUGUUUAUAUGUCUAUAUAAACCCACUCCAUCAAGAAAUUCUUCUCUCACAGUUUGGUUAUAGUUUUCAAUUUAAUGGAAAGAGGUGGCGGUGCAUAUAGAGGCAGAGGAAACGGCCGCGGCGGUUAUGGUGGCGGCGAAGGCGGAGGAAGAGGACGAGGUGGUGGCUAUGGCGGGGGGGAAGGUAGAGGUGGAGGAGGACGAGGUGGUCGCUAUGCCGGCGGAGAAAGAGGCGGAGGAGGACCUGGCUAUGGCAGAGGAGAUGGUGGCGGCGGAGGAGGGGGUCGUGGCGGAGGAGGACGAGUUGGUGGAUAUGGCGGAGGAAGCAGCCGCGGCGGUGAUCGUUAUCAGAAUUAUCCACAUAAUCAGCGCGGCGGUUACGGCGGCGGCGAUUGGUAUGAGAAUCCGACGGAGAGGGCUUCGUGGAGGAACAAUAACGGCAGUGGAGCCCGCUCGGAUGUGGUAGAUCGCGGUCCGACGGAGGCGCGGACUGUCCCAGGCGAAGGAUCAAGCAGAGCUUCUGGCCGUGGCGGUGGGAGUGGAGACAGUGUUUGGGGGACUCCGCGGAAAGAAUGGUCGUCGCCUUCUACUUCGAGUCAACCUGCUCCAACUGAAUCCAAUAAGGAUUCUCCUGAUCCUUUGAUUCCUAUGAUGACAAUGUUGAACGUGUCCGGUCAGAUGUCUCCCGUACGGCGACCUGAUAAGGGUGGCACUAAUUCCGUCCGACGUGUUAGACUUCUUGUUAAUCAUUUUCUUGUCAACUACAAUGCUGAAAGUGUUAUAAUGCACUAUGAUGUCGAUGUCAAACCAGAGGGACCUUCUAAGCAUGGGCGGCCUGCGAGAAUACCAAAGUCUGAUCUUUCUAUGAUCAGAAACAAGUUAUCCUCUGACAAGCCUUCAGACUUUCCCUUAUCAUUAACUGCAUAUGACGGUGAAAAGAAUAUAUUCAGCGCUGUGAAAUUGCCAACAGGAAAGUUCAAAGUGGAUGUAUCUAAUGGAGAUGAUGCAAAGGUCCGUUCUUACCAGUUCACUAUCAAGUUUGUGAAUGAGCUCAAGCUGGGUAAGUUAAAGGAAUACUUAAGUGGAUGUCUCACAUCUAUCCCUCGUGAUAUAUUGCAAGGGAUGGAUCUGGUAAUGAAGGAGAAUCCAACUAGGAGGAUGAUUUCUGCUGGCCGAAACUUUUAUCUUAGAGAACCUGAUCCAAGAGAUGAUCUUGGUUAUGGAAUUUCUGCAUUUAGAGGAUUUCAGCAUAGCUUAAAGCCUACUUCUCAAGGCUUAAGCUUGUGUUUAGAUUACUCUGUUUUGGCAUUUCACAAGAGUAUGCCAGUUUUGGAUUUCCUCACAGAACACAUAUAUGAUCUCAAUCUGAACGAAUUUCGGAAGUAUAGAAGAAAAGUUGAGAAUGCACUGAAGGGACUGAAAGUUUGUGUGAAUCACCGCUCGAACAAGCAGAAGUUUGUCGUGAGGGGGCUGACUAGGGAAAAUGCGCGUGAUUCUACGUUUCGUGUUGAAGAUCCAGAUGGCAAAAUUCCACCAAGGGAAGUUUUUCUAGUGGAUUAUUUCAGGGAGAAAUAUGGCAAGAAUAUUGUGUAUUUGGACAUCCCCUGCUUGGAUUUAGGAAAAAUCAAUAAAAAGAAUUAUGUGCCUAUGGAGUUUUGUGAAAUUGUUGAGGGGCAAAGGUUUCCCAAGGAGCAGCUGGACAAGUUGGAUAGAGAUGCAGCUAAAGCUCUGAAAAAUUGGUCAUUGCCUCAUCCGCGUGAUAGAGGGGAUAAGAUCCAGAGAAUGAUACGAUCCGUAGAUGGACCUUGCGGAGGGGGCAUCGCCCAAAAUUUUGGAAUUGAAGUCAACACGGAUAUGACUCCUGUGGACGGUCGAGUAAUUGCGCCACCUGAGUUGAAGCUAGGUGCUGCUAAUGGUAAAGUGGUUACAGUAUCAGUUGACAGAGAGAAAUGUCAUUGGAAUCUUGUUGGAAAGUCAGUGGUGCAGGGAAAACCUAUUGAAAGAUGGGCUGUCCUUGACUUCCGCCAAUAUGGACGCUUUCUAGACUCUAAAGCAUUCAUUCCAAAGCUUAUCAUCCGAUGCCAAAAAUUGGGGAUCAAAAUGCGGGAGCCUCUUUUCUGUGAACCCACUUCAAUGGAUAAAUUCUCUAGUGUUAAUAUGCUUCGUGAACUUCUUGAAGGCAUAAGUGAACAAGCUUAUAAGUAUACUGGAUACCGUUUGCAACUUCUUCUUUGUGUGAUGACCCAGAGGGAUCCCGGUUACAAGUAUCUUAAGUGGAUUUGUGAAACGAAAAUUGGUAUUGUGACACAGUGUUGUUUAUCCCGUCUUGCAAAUGAAGCGAAGGACCAGUAUCUUGCGAAUCUUGCUCUGAAGAUCAAUGCAAAGCUUGGAGGCAGUAAUGUUGAGCUAAGUCGGCUCCCCAUCUCUGCAGAUGCUGGCCAUGUGAUGUUUGUGGGGGCUGAUGUCAACCACCCUGCAGCUAGGAAUGAGACGAGCCCAUCAAUUGCAGCUGUGGUUUCCACCAUGAAUUGGCCUGCUGUAAAUCGCUAUGCUGCACGAGUUCGCGCUCAGGGUCAUCGAUGUGAGAAGAUUAUGGAUUUUGGGGACAUGUGUUUGGAGCUUAUUGAAUCUUAUACUCGACUGAACAAGGGCAGACCGGAGAAACUUAUCAUCUUCAGGGAUGGAGUCAGUGAGGGCCAGUUUGACAUGGUUCUCAAUGAAGAGUUACUUGAUUUAAGAAGAGUACUUCGCACUAUAAACUAUUCUCCACACAUCACUCUUAUUGUUGCCCAGAAGCGCCAUCAAACACGUUUGUUCCCACAGGGUAGUAAUGAUGCAUGUCCCACAGGCAAUGUGCCUCCUGGCACGGUUGUAGACACAAGAGUUGUUCACCCAUUUGAGUUUGACUUCUAUCUGUGCAGUCACUAUGGAAGCCUUGGAACAAGCAAGCCCACACACUACCACGUCUUGCACGAUGAGAUCGGGUUUACAUCUGACCAAUUGCAGAAGCUCAUAUAUGACAUGUGCUUUACCAUGGCUCGCUGCACCAAGCCCGUCUCUUUGGUCCCGCCGGUGUACUAUGCUGACCUUGUUGCUUACAGAGGGAGACUGUAUUACGAGGCGUUGACUGAGGGACAAUCUCCACAUUCAGGAGGAUCUUCAUCUUCAUCAAUGUUGGGGUCGUCGUCUUCAGUGGCUUCAUUGGAUGAAAGCUUCUACAAGUUGCAUGCAGACCUUGAGAAUGAAAUGUUUUUCAUUUGACAGGAUGCGGCAUUGGUGCAUGUAUCUUCUCCUCCCUUUUUGACAAAGGGAGAAGACAAGAGGAGUAAGGAGAGGAUAGUUGCUUGUCAAAAACGCCACUAUGCUGAUCCAAGCUUCUCUCUUUUGGGUACACACCAAUGAAGUCGAGUUUGUGCGUGAAUCUAAUGGAUUUCUGAGUCAAUAAAUAAUGUAUGGCUUUCGGUCUUUUCAUGAUUUGUAGGUGCAUGCCAUGGAAAUCCGAGGGAAGUCAUGCUUCAUAUUAGGAUUGUGGUUUGAAGCUGUUUGUCAGUUAAAACUAUUUAUGUUUCUUUUAUCUUUGCUACUCUUGUGGACGUGGGUGUUCUGUUUUCUUUUUUUGUACUGUUUAUGUCCUAGUGUGUUUGGUUUCCAAAUGUUUAUGCGUGGAGUAUCUGCAAUGCUUAACGUUUUGUAUUGAAUAAAAAACUUGGUUUGGUAUUA